GCCUCGCUAAACAAUAUUAUGGUGAAAAAGGAUUUUUAAGAAGCCAAUUAACCCUGGUACAUUCUUAUUGCAAGGACAGUCAUUUUGAUAAGUCCUCGCAGAGGUUACUUAUUUCUUCCGACAAAAAAGAAUUUUUUUCUUUCCAAAAUUCCUCAAUUUAUAACUAGGGAAAUUAUCUUCUUACCGCCAUAAAUCAAACAGACUAAUAUUACGGACACCGGAAAUAGCUGGCCAUUUAAAAUAAACCACAAGGCUAUAUAAAAACCACAUGAAACUUCUUAUCUUCUUUGAUAGGAAAUGCAUGUUUGCGAGGUACAAAAAAGUAUACAUUUUGUGCUAGCGAAUGGAGAUAUGAGAAUUGGCGGGAAGGGGUGGGUGUUACAAUUCUAUUUGGCGAUUCCACACAAACCAAUAACCCUAUGAGGACAAACUGAAACUAUGAACAUAUUUAUUAGACUUUUAUUAGACUUUGUUACUCUGUUAUACAUAUAGAUACCUUUAGUAUGAUAGCCAGGGCUUCUGUUGGUACCAGCUUAGUGCUGAAAGGGCUACCCUGUUUAAAUAAACUUGACCUUAUUUUAUUUUAUCUCUGAGAAUUUAAUAAUUUGGUGACAGUAUCUAUUUUUAGUCGAAAAAUAAAGGCUUCCUGUGAAAUACUUUUGUACUGGUUUGUGUCUUUGAUCUGGGAUUCUGAGUAGGGGAAGGGGAUAACGGGAAGGUAAAUUUGACGUACAGUACGGUACAUCAGGGUACCAUGUCCGGGCACAAAUCGAGAUCCGCGUCUUACAUUUUUUUUUUCUUUUUUAAUACACCCUAAAGCAUUCUCAGAAUGAAAGCACGUAUAGUUAGAAAUUCAAUAUUUCUGCAGAGGAAGAGGGAGGGUACCAUUCGGACGUGGAACAUGGUAGUUUUCUAGAAUCUCCUUUGUAUUUCCCGCUUGUAUCCGUUGCCAUUAUUUUGCUCUUCCGACGGAUGUUUUGGGCCAGGCGCGACCAACAACCUUGCAUUCAUCAUGCGCAGCUAAGUUUGGCCGAGGGGCGUGUAGGAGAGACUGGACCGGCUUCGUGCAGUGCGCAGAGGCCGUGGCACUUCAGAAUUUCCCGGCCUCCAUGUUUGAACCCGAGACACUAACAUUUGAUUUCUGUGGUGUUUGGAGGAAAAUUUUGCUGGAAAGACGGAUUUGAAAUUCGGCAAGACGGCAGCACCGCAGCGGACGGGCUGAGAGCAUUCUUUGCCCAUGGAACAUAGUGGCCAAGAUCGACCGAGGGUCCGCACAACGAAGGUCCCCGAUGGCCACAGUUCUACAUCAUCUGGCUCUAGAACGAGUCGGAACCGCUCUUCAACCUCGAAUGCGGAGGAAGUCCACAUAGGCAAAUAUCGUCUGAUAAAAACUAUUGGGAAAGGGAAUUUCGCUAAAGUGAAACUCGCCAAGCAUGUACCGACGGGAAAGGAGGUGGCCAUCAAGAUUAUUGACAAGACGCAGCUUAACCCGAGCAGCUUGCAAAAGUUGUUUCGAGAGGUCAGGAUCAUGAAGUUUCUUGACCAUCCCAACAUUGGUAAAGAUAUAUUUUUUGGUUUUUACUAAAUGUAAUUUCAUGUACAUUGGGUUGGUGUGAGAUCUAGUCGACAUCUUUACAAGUUCAUGUAGUUUGCACUACAAACAAAGCCCACUUCGCAGACUUAUCAUUUACCCUUUGUUCCCUGCAGAAAGCUGGAAACUCAUAGAUAUUCUCCUUUAUUAAUCCUCUAAACAUGGACGCUCUCUUGAUUCAAUUUUACGUACAUGUAUGCUGUUGUUUAGAUUGGUGUUUGAUAAUUUGGAAGUUUGAUACCAGUUCAAUUUGUAUGUUGGUACAUGUAGUUUUUUAUGGCAGAAUCCCUGCGGCACAUGUACUGCAAAGUAA